GCCGAAACACACCCAACCAAGAGAGAUCGAGCGGAAGACACAGAAGGCAUCGCUCGCAGCCACCGAGCUCGCGCCCCAGGCUAUCCAUGAGGCAUCUGUCAUAACUGGCCAAGGUCUGUCCAAGGCUUCCUGAUGAAGCACGGAUCGUCUAAAGUACGGAAAGGGAGUGCUAAAGGAACCUUCCUACAAGGUGCAGCGAAGUGUCUUGUUUGGACAUGAUGAUGUAGAAUGGUACAUCUAAGUGCAUCUUCACCGUGAAGAACGUGGAAAGGUUCAUGCCUUGCGACAGGCACUCCGAAGACGCUAGCUUUUCUAGUCUGGUCUCUUCACGUAAUUUAGCGACCACUGGCUUGAUUUUUGUAGUAGGUUUGAUGUUGACGGCUUUGAAGUUGCCAGAAAUGGCAGCCUCGGCCUUCUCGUUCUGCAUGGCUCUGGGUACGAGAACAAAUCCGCCUUCUUUAUCCACCUGUACCAACUUGAGGUACAUAGCACAUAGCGAUAUGAUGAACCCUGUCACCACUGAGAGACAGGCACCUCUGUGCCACAUCGUGUCUUCAAGAACUUAGCAACCGGUUACAGAAGGAUGCUGAUCCCGAUUCUUUUUGCCCAGAUCGCCUGCCGGGCGCACUUCGCCGUGGGAUCAACGGACCCUCCGUUCGAAAGGACUCCUGAAGAGCAUGCGCCGGCUGACCUGGUCAUCAUGCCAUCGCCACGGCUCACCCAAGAAACAACACCCUACGUGCAUCAAGCCUGUCAGCGUAUCAGCUCGGUGACAUCAUCGGAUAGCGACCACUUCAGGCAUAAAUACUGGACGCUCUUGCAAGAUUCCUUCAGUGGGCUUGGUGACACCGGUUACAGAAGGAUGCUGAUCCCGAUUCUUUUUGCCCAGAUCGCCUGCCGGGCGCACUUCGCCGUGGGAUCAACGGACCCUCCGUUCGAAAGGACUCCUGAAGAGCAUGCGCCGGCUGACCUGGUCAUCAUGCCAUCGCCACGGCUCACCCAAGAAACAACGCCCUACGUGCAUCAAGCCUGUCAGCGUAUCAGCUCGGUGACAUCAUCGGAUAGCGACCACUUCGGGCAUAAAUACUGGACGCUCUUGCAAGAUUCCUUCAGUGGGCUUGGUGACACCGGUUACAGAAGGAUGCUGAUCCCGAUUCUUUUUGCCCAGGUUGGUGACAAGUAUCUGACUUCUUCUAUUAGAGAUGAUACAGUCAUAUUGACGGUGUUGCCAAGCCCACAGUGUUUGUUUGGUCUAUUAUGCGACUGUUUGCAUGUGAUCAGGUUAUUGCUACUAACAUCCGGAGACAUAGAGCUAAAUCCUGGUCCUACUUCUGAUUCAGAGUCUGAGACACAGUUAAACAACCAAUUACUUCAGAAAAUUUUGAAAGAGCAAACAAAGACUAAUAAGACUCUGGCUUCGCUGACUAAUAAUCUGAAACAGGUAGAAUCGACAGUCGAGAAUAUUCAAACCAGGAUUACCAAAAUUGAGAAAGAACUGUGCCGAAUUGAGAAAUGUGAGGGAAGGUUGGAGAAAGUGGACGAAGCUUGCAAUAACACGAACAAACUAGUUCUUGAGUUAACCAAGAAGGUAGAUGAUCUCGAAAACAGAAGUCGUCGCAACAAUAUCAUAAUAUAUGGAGUAAAGGAAGAUCCAGAGGAGGACUCAGAAGACUAGAGCGGAAAGUUAACGAAGAAAUUUUUAAAAAGAUUCUAGGUGUUGAAGUAAACUCAAUAGAGCGUAUUCACCGAAUCGGCCUAAAACAUGCACAGCGACAUCGUCUGAUCAUUUUGAGAUUUUUCAACUAUGUAGACAAAACUAAGGUUAUGUCAUCCUGCUUCAAAUUAAAGGACACAAAAGUAGCUAUAUCGGACGAUUUUUCAAAAAACAUUCAGGAUGUUCGUGCAAAAUUAUGGCGUUCAGUGGCUGAAGAAAAGAGCAAUGAUUCUAAGGUUUCCCUUCGUUUCGAUAAGCUCAAAGUUGAUGACAGGCUGUACGUAUGGGAUGCAACGUGCAAUCGCAGAAUAUAGUUGUCCAAAUCAUCUGCGCCUGCCCAACCCGAAACGUCCUAUCGACCCACACGUGCGAACACGCGUAAGCUAGAUAACAAAUGACGGGAAUCCGUCAAGACGCUACGGCUUGUCUCGUUGAACGCACGCAGUGUACUGAAUAAGAUCCAGAGCCUUGAAGAUAUAAUUCUGACCUAUCAACCACACGUCCUAGUGGUAACUGAAACCUGGCUGCAUUCCGAUGUGCAAAAUUCAGAAAUAAUGCCUCCUUCGUACACGCUUAUCCGUAAGGACAGAGGAUCAAGGGGUGGCGGAGUUGCAAUUGCAAUAAAGAAUAACAUUAAAUUCACACGCUUAAAUGGCAUCAAUGAUCAUGAAAGCAUAUGGUGCAAAAUAAAGUUUUUUGGAAAAACUAUAUUACUAGGAGGGGUCUAUCGGCCUCCGAAUGCUCCUCAGGAAUACUUAGAUUCCUUAUAUGAUUAUUCGCUGCAAAAUACAAAUUCGCGUUCCAACAUCCUUAUAAUAGGAGAUUUUAACCUUCCAGGAAUUAACUGGUGCAGCCUUUCUCAUGACGGCAAAGAUUCCAAAAAUUCUGAAUCAUUACUACUAACUGCAUUUACGUUUUCGUUAACCCAGUUGGUUUUGGAUGCUACAAGAAAUUCCAGCUCUGCUGUACUUGACCUUGCGUUUGCAAGUAGCUCGCUUCCAGACUGAUCAGUCUGUGUGAAGGACGGUAUAUCUGAUCAUCAGUUACUUGUUCUUGAGUGUCCUAUUUCGGGCUUGCGAUCGUAUGUUAAACCUUCUGACACAUUUGUAAGAGACUAUACGCAUGCUGAUGAUGACGGAAUUAUUAGUUGUAUGGAAUCUUUAUUCCCUUCCUUUAAUGAGACAAACGACGUUAAUGCGCUGUGGUCAAAGUUUAAAGACAUAGUCAUGCACUGUGAAAGCACCUACGUGCCUUUAAAGAAAAAGCGCAUCAACAGGGAGUACCAGUGGAUGGAUCGUAAUCUGAUACAUCUGAAACGCAAAAUAAAACGCUCUCGAAAACGUGGUGACAGGAAACAACUUGCAAGUCUAGUACGCACUUUCAAAGAUAAAGUGCGCGCUGCAAGAGAUCAGUUCUUUUCUUCCACAUUGACUUCUUUCAUGUCGGAGCAACCAAGGAAAUUCUGGCAAUAUUUAUCUAAAGAUAAAAGCGGCAUCACAGAGAUCAGAACAUCUGGCACAAGCAUUGACGAUCCUUUGACCAUUGCUAAUGAAUUUAACGCCUUUUUUCAAUCGGUGUUUACCAUAAACGCAUCGCACACGCACUUGCAACCUUACACGCUUCGUAAUCCGAUGCCCGAAGUAGAUUUAAGCAAAAAUGGCAUCCUUAGUCUUUUGCGUAAUCUAGACAUAAAAAAGUCAUCAGGUCCGGACUAAAUAUCUAAUGUUUUCCUCAACAGAUACGCAAUCUGGGUAGCAGAGUACUUAUAUGUAAUAUAUAAAACAUCGUUAGAAUCCUGUGUGAUACCAGAUGACUGGCGCCUUGCAAGGAUAGUUCCGAUUCACAAAUCUGGAUCCCCUUUAGAAGUAAAUAAUUACAGACCAGUUUCCUUAACAUCCACAACUUGUAACUGCUAGAACACAUUUUAUUUAAAGCGAUUAUAACACAUUUAGAGAAUAAUCAUUUACUUCAUGCAAAUCAACAUGGAUUUAGGGCUGGUUUAUCCACAAUAACGCAGUUAGCUGAGAUAACGGAUGAUGUUAUGAAUGCGCUGAAUAUGAGGGGUCAAAUCGAUGCAGUGUUUUUGGACUUUUCCAAAGCGUUCAGAUGUAGUUCCGCAUGCCGAUUUAGUAACUAAACUGCUCUCAAUGGGCAUUGAACGCAAUAUCAUCCGUUGGAUAGAAUCUUAUUUGUCCUCAAGAAAACAAUACUUUGCUGUUAAAGACUGCGUUUCUGGUACACUGGAAGUGCACUCAGGGGUGCCACAGGGGUCAGUUCUUGGUCCCUUGUUGUUGUUAGUUUAUAUCAAUGACAUCUAUUUAUCUGUUCAAUCGCCUGUGAAGAUCCGGUUGUUUGCGGACGAUUGUUAUUUAUACUAGUGUAAAUCAUCACUCCGACCAAGACUUAAUGACUCGUUGCACUCAAUUAGUGUACGGUGUGAAACAUGGGGACUGAAGCUAAAUACUUUGAAGACUGCAGCUAUUACAUUUACCAACAAGAAAGAACCCUUAGAUUUUGCUUAUAUUAUUAAUAAUUCUUAUAUACAUAAAACCCAGCGAGUGAAGUAUUUAGUUGUUACCCUCACAAGCAAUUUAAGUUGGGAACCCCAUAUAGAAAACGUUUGCAGCAACGCGCUAAAAAAGCUGGCAUUUUUGAAACGGAAAUUGCGCCGUACUUCAUCGACCGUUAACAGCAUACAAAGCUCUUGUCAGACCAAAAUUAGAAUAUGCUGAUUUGAUCUGGAGCCCUCAUCAAAAAUAUUUAAUCAAGAAAAUAGAAAGAGUGCAAAAUUUAGCUUUGCGGUUUAUAUACUCCACAUACUCUCGUUUUUCUAGCGUGUCCGUUCUUCGCGACAGGGCGAAAUUGAAAAACCUAGCUCAUCGCAGAAUUGUAUCUCGCAUCAAAUUUUUAUAUCAGCUGUACCAUGGUCACUACAAAAUAGCGCGUGAAUGUCAUUUACGUGAGCCCCCCAUGCGCUCUGCUCGUACAAACCACAACGAAACAAUUAAGCAACCAUUUAGUAACCUUAACAUCCAUCAAUAUUCUCUUUUUCCCCAUGCAAUUUCACUAUGGAAUAAAUUACCCGAAGAAGUAGUUAACGCUAAUACAACAGAAUCGUUCGUUCAGCUUUCAAAUAACCUUUUCUUUGACCACUAAAUUGCCUCAAUGAAAGCAGUUUCUUUUGCGUUACUUUUUCAUUGUUAUUUUGUUUACGUAUUGCACUGUUGUAUGUUCAUGUUUAUUUCUGUUACGUAUAGUGUUACAAUGAUGUAUGUACAUGUUUUGUUGCGUUCUUAAUUGCUAAUUGGCAGUUGUAAUUUAGGUUGUUGUAUGUACCCACUCCUGCUUGGGCCCGAAUAGGGCCUGCAGUAUUUGUAAAUAAAAAAAAGAAAACGCUGAAAAAUAUAAUGGAUACUUACAGCAUGCAGCCACAGCAAUUUUACC